AAACAUAUCCAAAAGUAGAAAUCGAACAACCAUUUUGGCACGCCAACCAACCCAAAACAGCAGUCAGCAGCAGAAACUAGAAAAAAUCUAACCUCAACAAUCUAUCUAUCUACCUUUCUUUCUUUUCUUUCUGCUCUGAUUCUCUACACAAUUCAUUAUUCCUUGUUUCUUCACAAAAUGAAUCCCAAUCUCAACGAUUUCCCUCUUCUCUCCCACCUUCUGCACCACCUUCAUCCACACACCCAUCCACCAUUGCCCACACACUUCCAUCAAUCUCUACUCUCCAAAUUUCCUCACUUGAACCACCCCCAGGUGUUACCCUCGCUCACCCAACGCGCCUCCACCCUUAACGUCUCCCACACCCUCUCCCUCCUCCGCACCAUCGGUCCCCGCCCGGACCCCUCCGCCGUUGCCGCCGCUCGUGCUAAGAUCGCCGACCCCCACGCGCCGGACGACGAGACGCAGGUAUUUCAUGCGCUGGUGCGGGUGGAUGGCAUGCACGAGGAGUGCGUGAAGCAGCUUGGGGCUGCCGAGGAGCUGCUCGUUGAGGCUUACGCGCAAUCGGUUAAAGGGGUUGGUGAAGAGGUGGAUGAAGGAGUGGUUGGUAUUUUGAGGCAAGCGGAGAUUGAGGAAGUAGAAAAGGUUGAUCUUUCUGGUUCCCAAUUGAGGAUUCUCCCCGAGGCCUUCGGCAAGAUUCGUGGUUUGGUUGUGCUUAAUUUGUCUCAGAAUCAGUUAGAGCUUAUACUUUUGGAUGUUUUGGUGCCGUCAAAACAGGCGAUUCCUGAUUCAAUAGCAGGACUGCAGAAGCUUGUGGAGCUGGAUGUUUCAUCUAAUGUUUUAGAGUCUCUGCCAGACUCCAUUGGAUUGCUAGUUAAUCUAAAGAUCCUUAAUGUGUCAGGGAACAAGCUAACUUCUCUUCCCGAAUCCAUUGCCCUUUGCAGGUCACUAGUUGAACUGGAUGCAAGUUUUAACAACUUAAUGUGUCUGCCAACGAACAUGGGUUUUGGACUUGUCAACCUUGAGAAGCUUUUGAUCCAUUUGAAUAAAAUACGAUUGCUUCCCUCCUCCAUUGGAGAAAUGAAAUCUCUCAGGCAUCUUGAUGUUCAUUUCAAUGAGCUUCAUGGUCUGCCUCAGUCUAUUGGGAAACUCACAAAUCUGGAAUAUCUAAAUCUUAGCAGUAAUUUUAGUGAUAUGACAGAGCUGCCUGAAACAGUUGGUGAUCUGGUUAACUUAACGGAGCUUGACCUGAGCAACAACCAAAUCCGAGCACUUCCUUACACGUUUAGUAGGCUUGAAAACUUAACAAAGCUCAACCUGGACCAGAAUCCAAUCAUAAUUCCCCCAAUAGAUGUUGUAAGCCAAGGGGUUGAGGCUGUCAAGGAGUUCAUGGCCAAGUGGUGGCUUGAUCUCAUUGAAGAAGCUCAGCAGAAAAGCAUGGCUGAAGCAAAUAAUCAGCACGCACAGACAGGAUGGCUGGCAUGGGGAGUCGCAUUCUUAAAUAAUGUUGCUGGGGUUUCUGACAGUGUUAUAGAAUAUUUUGGAGCUAGAAAAGCUCCUAGGGAUCCAUUUUUGGAUCAACAGUUGUGAUUUACUUCCUAAUUUCGUGGGAUGUAUAUAGUUUGCGAUAGAGCUUUUCAAUAUGUGAUCAAUACCCGCUUUUCAACAAACAUACCAUGAUACAGGAGGCUUGUUUUUCAUUUUA